GUUUAAGCAUUUUGCAAUUUAGUAUAAUAACAACAUGACUUGUAAAAAGAAGCAGCAGUUUUGGGGAUUUGGUAACGUCGAUUCAGAUUAAACAAAACCCAGCAGAAUACACUCACAGAGACAGAAGAGAGAGAGUCUUAGAGAGAGAGAGAGAGAGAGAGAGAGAGAGAGAGAGAGAGGAGAAGAGAGAGCUGUUUUCGCUUGGGCUGAGAAGCCAAAGCAAAAGGCUGGUUUGUAACUGAAACGCCCUCAUCAGAGAGAGAGAGAGAGUAUUAAAAUUCACAGUCGUUACAGAGAAAAAGUAAAAAAAGAUAAAAGAAAAAGGAGGGAGAGUAGCAGAGCCACAAGCAAUAAUGGCCGCUUCCAUAACCGUCCUGUCUGUUUAGCCUUUUUGCUCUCCUUCUUCUGGGUCUCUUGUUUGUAAAUGGUGUACGUUAUUAUGGUAUUUCACCCAUUACUGCCUCAGCAUUGAAGACCCUGCUGUUUUGAGCUUUCCUUCUUCUUCUUCUUGAUUUGUUUCAGUGCUGCAAUUCCUCUGCUCUCUGCUCCUCCGCUGCCCUGAACGACCUCGUUUGAGCUCUUGAAUGGCACACCUCGAGUGUGACUCCUCGAUUUCUCGUGCGGAAACAGGUUUGGGAGGUGAUGAUCUGUAUACAGAGCUAUGGAAGUUGUGUGCAGGGCCUCUGGUGGAUGUACCAAGGCCUGGAGAUAAGGUCUUCUACUUUCCUCAAGGUCAUAUGGAACAACUGGAAGCAUCAACAAAUCAGGAACUGAACCAGCAAAUCCCUCUCUUUAAUCUUCCCUCAAAGAUCCUUUGUAGUGUGGUCAAUAUUCGAUUACUGGCAGAACAAGAAACAGAUGAGGUUUAUGCUCAAAUCACUUUGCAUCCAGAAGCAGAUCAAAGUGAACCUACAAGUCCUGAUCCAUGCAAACCCGAAGCUCCAAAGCCAACGGUUCACUGGUUUUGCAAGAUUUUGACAGCUUCCGAUACAAGCACCCAUGGAGGGUUCUCAGUCCUUCGAAAGCAUGCCACCGAGUGCUUACCUCCGUUGGACAUGAACCAAGCAACUCCAACUCAGGAGUUAAUCGCCAAAGAUCUUCAUGGGUAUGAGUGGAAAUUUAAGCACAUCUUUAGAGGUCAACCGCGGAGGCAUUUACUUACCACAGGAUGGAGUACAUUCGUCACUUCAAAAAGAUUGGUUGCUGGUGACGCCUUUGUGUUUUUGAGGGGUGACAAUGGGGAAUUACGGGUUGGGGUUCGGCGUCUAGCUCGUCAACAGAGUCAGAUGCCAUUAUCUGUGAUAUCAAGCCAGAGCAUGCAUCUUGGAGUGCUUGCAACUGCUUCGCAUGCUCUUAUGACCAAAACACUGUUUGUUGUGUAUUCCAAGCCAAGGACUAGCCAGUUCAUUGUUUGCUUAAACAAAUAUCUGGAGGCCAUCAACAAUAAAUUCUCGCUUGGGAUGCGCUUCAGGAUGCGAUUUGAGGGAGAAGAAUCUCCUGAAAGAAGGUUCACAGGCACAAUAGUUGAGGUUGGGGAUUUAUCUCCUCAGUGGUUGGAGUCUAAAUGGCGAUCGUUGAAGGUUCAAUGGGAUGAGCAUGCUGCAGUUCAAAGGCCAGAGAGGGUUUCUCCUUGGGAUAUUGAACUUUUUGUAGCUUCUGCUCCUUUAAAUCUUGCUCAACCAGUGGUAAAGAGUAAAAGGCCUCGGCCUGUAGAAAUUGCUUCAUCUGUUACCACCAAUUCAGCUGCUUCAGCAUUUUGGUAUCAUAGCUCACCCCAGACCACAGAGUUAAACCAAUUAGGUGGUGUUCCGGAAGUCCAAAGCUCUAGUAGUCAGAUUGUCUGGCCUAUGAGGCAGAAAGAAAGCAAUAGCAGCAGUUACUCUAGCGCAAGGGUAUGCUCAGAUGGCAUCUGGCCUUCUUCCCCGAACGUGACUGUUUCUUUGUGCCUUUUCCCAGACUCAAAGGAAAGCAACAAGAAUGUAACUAUAGGGUCUGUGCUCUCUAGCUUUGCCUCCCCAAUUACCUCAAAGCCAAAUAAUGUCCCGAUGCAUGACCAGGUUGAAAACGGGAAAAAAUCUGACACUUCAGGUUUUAGGUUGUUUGGUUGCAAUUUGACAAACAACACUAAAACAACUUGUCCUCAAGAGCUAGUGUUUAAAACAAUGCCGUCUGGUGCCAAAGGACCUAUUCCAGCUGAUGCAUUUGAAUCCGAUCAGAUUCUGGAUGUUUCGAAGCUGUCAAAAGAGCAGAAACAAGUAAUCUUGGAGGCCUCACCAAAAGAAACACAGGGCAAGCAAGGAUUGACUCUUUCAAUGAGAACUCGCACUAAGGUGCAAAUGCAAGGGGUUGCUGUUGGUCGUGCUUUGGACUUGACUGCAUUGAAAGGCUACGAUCAUCUAAUUGAUGAGCUAGAGAAAAUGUUUGAGAUCAAAGGGGAGCUUCGUCCACAGAACAAAUGGGCAGUUGUUUUCACGGAUGAUGAAAAUGACAUGAUGCUUAUGGGCGAUGAUCAAUGGCCAGACUUCUGUAAGCUGGUGAAGAAGAUAUUUAUAUAUUCAAGCGACGAGGUACAGAAGAUGAACAGAUUCAAGCUUCAGAGUUCAUCUUUAGAUUGUGAAGGGACGGUAAGCAUGGAUUCUGAGCGUAGAUUGGAACAUGAUUAGUUCAACUUCCCUUUUUGCUUCUUGUGGUGGUAGUUGUUUUACUCAUAUUUUUAGAGCAUGCUGUAGGAAAACAGAAGGGGGCUAGGUGGGAUUUAGGGGUUUUGUUUUGGUGCUGGGUUAGCAAAGCAACUACUCUUAAUCAGGACUAGAAAAUGGAAAUCUGUCAAUACUUGGUGUGGGUUAGGAUGAGUCGGCCUGUAAAAAUACAUAAUAUGUAUGUUUGCCAUUUGGUUUUCAAUUUAGUCCUUUGGUUUUAU